UUGCAUUUGCACCCUUGGGUUUUGUGUUACCAUAGCACUAAAGCUCUACUACAUCUGUACCCAUGGCUGCCAAGAGCUGCUCCAUUGUUCUCGAUGCUUUGAUCAUCAUCAUACUAUCCUUCCUAUCACAUUCAGCAACCUCCACUGAUUCCAACUAUCCUGCAGCUUUCAAACUCCGACACAGGAGACCUCGCUGCUGGCCUUGGCUUUCGUCUUCGCCUCCCCUAUGGACAGACUUCCUAAGUACAUAAUUUUCUCUCAUCACUCUCACUGUCUAAGCAUAUGGUUUGUAGCAGUUUUGUACAUGGAACCUCUAUAACCUAACAAAAAAGAUGGAAUCUUUUUUCUGAUUUCUUAUCCUUUUCUUCAAUGGACAGGGCUCUUCUUUUGGUUCAUUGCUUCAAAUAGUUCAAAAUAGAAACCUUUGUGGUACAUAAUUUGACCCACCACCUUCAUUUUGCUUUGUCGCUCUGGUUGGUGAGUAACUAACAUCAAAGCCUUCUUUGUUCUGAAAGCCAACACCUUAGUUCCCUUUGUUGGAUAUUAAAAGGUCUUGGUUGUUGCUCUCUAGAGCUCUAAGUAACUCUUUCCUCAUGGAAACCAAAUUUUUGUUGUUUGUUCUUCUCCAAGCUCUUGCCUUGGUCUCUAUGUUCGCCCCAAUGUCUCAUUCCAUAGACUUCAACUUCCCAUCUAUCUUCAACUUUGGUGAUUCAAACUCUGACACCGGCAAUCUCAUUGCCGCCGGGAUCGAAACCAUCAAUCCUCCUUAUGGUCAGAUUCACUUCAAGGGUCCUUCUGGGAGAUACUGCGAUGGCCGACUCACUAUCGAUUUCAUCAUGGAUGCUUUUGAUCUACCGUUUCUAAGUGCAUAUCUGGAAGCUGUUGGGUUGCCGAAUUUCCGAAGAGGAUGCAACUUUGCAGCUGCUGGUUCAACCAUAAAUCCAGCAACACCAACGUCAGUCUGCCCAUUCUCAUUUGGGAUUCAAGUGUCUCAGUUUCUGCGAUUCAAAGCUCGUGUAGUCGAAUUGCUCACCAAAAGUAAGAAGUUUGACAAGUACCUUCCAGCUGAGGACUAUUUCCGGAAGGGCUUGUACAUGUUUGAUAUAGGCCAGAAUGAUCUUGCUGGUGCAUUUUACUCCAAGAGCUACGAUCAAAUCGUCGCCUCGAUCCCAACCUCCUUAUUUGAGUUCGAGAAUGGAAUCAAGAGAUUGUACGAUGAAGGAGCGAGGAACUUCUGGAUACACAACACCGGUCCUCUAGGAUGUUUGGCUCAGAAUGUGGCGAAAUUCGGUACUGAUCCGUCCAAGCUCGACGAGCUAGGCUGUGUUGCUGGGCAUAAUCAAGCUGCCAAGCUUUUCAAUCUGCAGCUUCAUGCUCUGACUAAGAAGCUGCAAGCUCAGUAUGCUGAUUCAAACAUCACACAUGUCGAUAUCUACACUAUCAAGUCCAACCUUAUUGCAAACUACUCCAGAUAUGGAUUUGCGCAGCCCAUAAUGGCUUGCUGCGGCUAUGGAGGACCACCACUGAACUACGAUAGUCGAGUUGGAUGUGGGCAAACAAAAGUCAUCAACAACACGACAGUUACAGCCAAUUCGUGCAAUGACAGUACCGAGUAUGUGAACUGGGAUGGGAUUCACUACACUGAAGCUGCAAACCAGUAUAUUUCGUCGGAAAUACUCACCGGAAAAUAUUCUGACCGGCCGUUCGCUGACAAAAUGCCAUUUGCUCUCAGUCUCAAGUUCUGAACACAGCUUGCUGAGAUCGAUUGCCCUAACAGCUUCAUUCUUUUACUCCAACAUCGUAUUCCUUCUCCUGCCUGUAAAACUUAUUACAAAAGGAUAGGAUCUAAUACAAGUGCAUUCUAACA